GGACGCCAUACAUUCUUCUUCCUACUGACUUUACGUAUGCGGGUGUUUGCUCCUGUCAUUCUACCAUAGGGUGAAGCAGAGGAAAAAGUCAUGAAUAGCACUGAGGAUGCAGCAAAGAGACCUUUAACUCUGGAUAUAGAAGGGGUAAGGAAUGAUGAGCCCCAGACCAGUGCCCCUUCACAGGCAGCCACCAUCAGCAGCCAAUCCAGCGCUACAGACACUCUGUUCAGCCAGCCCAAUGUCACAGACACUCUUUUCCAGGAGGAGAGCAUUGACCUGGAUGUCGAGGCAUUUGUCUCCCCUCAGGAUGACAGCGCUGCUUCAGGAAGCGUGAUGGACAGGCUCAAUGACCAGAUGAUGGAGAGUGUUAUGAUCUCGGACUCGCCCAAUAGCGAAGAUGACGAAGUCCCUAUUGACUCGCUGUUGGAGCAGGUGGAGGACAAGGAGCGACUCGACCCCGAAGAGCCCGAUGAAGAGAAAAAGAAGGAGAUCGAAGAGGAUACGAAGUGUGGGGUCAACCAGAGCACACCUGACACUGCUGGGGAGCUUGAGGAGGCCUCUGUUGUGGAAGAAGAAGAAGAAGCAGAAGCAGAAGCAACAGCAGAAGAAAAGCCUGAUGAGGCCUGCGGAAAGGAACCUAUCUCAGUCAUCCAGGCUGGCCCUGGCACCCCCACUCCUGGUAGCCCCAAAGUUCAGGAGACCAAACUUGACAUGGGCAUAGCUGUCGCUAAAGAGGAGCCCAUCCCUGUCUGUACCAUUUUCAAACAAGGCACACAGCCCACAGUACACGCCCUGGUUCCUGAUGGCUUUCAGCCCACUCUCAUCAAAUCUCCAAGCUUUGGCAGCAGCAAUAGCGAAACUCCCCAUAAGUUGGCACCUCUGGUGUGCCAGCCCAGUCCCAGUCUCAGCAAGUUCUUCGCCGACAACGGCUCGAUCAACCCUGCCUCAGACUUCUUCGAUUCCUUUACCACGUCCUCGUCCUUCAUUUCAGUCAGCAAUCCCAACGCGGAGUCACCAAAGUCACCUGAUCGCCAGCUGUCCUCUGGUUCAGGAGGCAUCCCGUCUGCCGGUCUUCAGGACGAAAGGGACCCUGGCAUCUUCUUUAGCCCAGGGCCUCAGGAUAUUUCCCGCCCUAAGCCCCUGACGGGUCCAGCGGAGCCUGUGGUGUCCAUGACUAAACUUCAGACUGUCUUCUCGGGCAGUGAUGACCCAUUUGCCAGUGCCCUGAGCAUGAGUGAGGUAGACAGACGCUAUGACGCAUGGCUGCCCUCAGAGGAGACCAGAAGAGUACUGAUCUCUGUGGCAACGCAGCAGGUCAAUCCUCUAUAUGUAGAGAGAGAACGCUUAUCUAUGCCUGGACUCAAGUUUGACAAUUUGCAGGGUGAUGCAGUGAAGGAGCUGAUGGUGCGUUUCCUUGGAGACCAGGCAGCAACGAAGAGGCAGGUUCUCACAGCUAACUCAGUGGAGCAGAACUUCUUGGGUCUCAAGCAGCUCAUUAGCACCAAGAACUGGAGGGCGGCGGUGGACCUGACGGGCAGACUGCUGACGGCCCACGGCCAGGGCUACGGCAAGAGCGGCCAGGCCAGCAACCACACCAGCGACUCCUUGCAGCUGUGGUUCGUACGACUGGCUCUGCUGGUCAAAUUGACCCUGUUCCAGAACGCAGAGCUGGAGUUUGAACCCUUUGGCAAUCUGGACCAGCCGGACCUGUACUACGAGUUCUACCCUGCAGUGUACCCAGGAAGACGAGGCUCCAUGGUGCCGUUCUCCAUGCGAGUGCUGCACGCUGAGCUGCCUCAGUACUUAAACAAGCCCCAGGAGUCCUUGGACCGCCUGCACAGCAUGAGGAGCGUCUGUCAGAAAAUCCUGGCUAACCUGGAGGAGGGCCUUGCGGAGGACGGGAGCACGAUGACCCUCGCGCAGGAGAACAGGCAAGCCUCUGUUCAGCUUUGGAGGUCACGUCUGAGCCGGGUGAUGUACUCCAUGGCUAACUGUCUGCUGAUGAUGAAGGACUACGUACUGGCCGUUGCAACGUACCACUCCAUCAUCCAGUACGAGCCGCAGCAGAGCGUGCAGCUGCUCAGUGGAAUAGGACGGAUUUUUCUUCAGAUCGGCGACAUCAAAACUGCAGAGAAGUAUUUCCAAGAAGUGGACAAGGCCUGUCAGGAAAAGGGGCCAGCGCAGGACACAGCUGUUUUAAUGAACAGGGCAUUUGUUUACCUCAGCCAGAAUAAUUAUGGCGAAGCUCACACAUGUUUUUCGAACAUACUGAAAAUUGAUCAGAAUCCUGUGGCAAACAACAAUGCCGCUGUGUGCUUGCUUUACUUGGGCCGCCUGAAGGAGUCCCUGGGCCAGCUGGAGAGCCUGGUGCAGCAGGACCCAGUGCUGUACCUGCAUGAGAGUGUCCUUUUCAACCUAACCACCAUGUAUGAGCUGGAGUCAUCGCGUAGCACCCAGAAGAAGCAGGCGCUGCUAGAGGCGGUGGCGUGCCGUGAGGGUGACAGCUUCAACACGCAGUGCCUCAAACUGCUCUGAGGGGGUAGGGCCUGGGACUCCAUAGCCUAACGAGGAGGGCAUUAGGUCGACACCUGGGCCUGGCUGCGUGCCAACAUCCAGCUCCAGAUGUAGUUAUGAGUGCUUUAAUAAGACUAAGUUAGAAAUGCCACCAGUCCAUUGCAUUUGCAGAAGAAGCAGAAUGUUAUUGCGUGACCAAAACCAAAGCUGACCUGAAAAGACCUGUCUGCACAAAAUGUAAAUAUUUUAGCAAUACUUGCAGGCAAAGGGGAUAGAAUUGCAGUUUAAAUGGCAUAUAGCAUUACAGCAAUCAAUCAGUCUGUCCCCCCGAAGUUAAAAUCACCUAAACUGCUGGUGCAUUCUCAGUGAAACUCUUAUGAUGCUCUUCAUGCUACAUCACCUUUCAGACACUCCUUCCUGGCUCUCCGCCUUUUAUUUUUGUAGCAUUUUUACAGUAACCAGAGAUUGCAGCCAAUGUACCAUCUAUGUCAAGUUUUAAUAUGUACUUUCCUCCCCCUGUUCCUUUAACAUGCAUUAUGAAAAGGAUUUUGUACAGUUAUUUACAUGGUGUGUUGUGUUCUGUACAUUUCUGGAUACUACAAAAGAAACUCUUAAUUACUCUUAAUAAACUUUGAUUAUAAGGGA